AUGACAAUAACCAACUCGAACAACGACGGCUCAGCACCAGGUCCCUAUGAAGAGAGCUGGGAGCCAGAUGUGGCCACCAAGAUUUGGGAACUUGUGCAGGCCAAGGAGAAAGAUGAGAGCGCGAAAUACCCUUUCUGUAUGGUUUCCUUGUCUGGAAUUCCGGGCAGUGGAAAGUCAGUGUCUUCAUUGCUGCUGGCAAAUAUUUUAGAAGAACGGGGUUGCUCAACAAUGAUAUGUCCACAUGAUGGAUAUCACUAUCCUCUGGACUACCUCAAAACCUUUCCAGAUGCUGAGGAUGCCAUUUACCGCCGUGGUGCCCCGGAUACAUUUGACCCACAGGCGCUCUUGAGAGACUUGAUGCUUAUUCGAGCAGGGAACAGUGGUGACAACGGCAAGGAUAGCAGCGAGGGAGAAGAGUGGCAGACAAUUUCUCUUCCGGGCUUUGAUCAUGCCAAAGGAGACCCAGAACCUGGCAUUCAUCUUUUUGACAGAUCCAUCCACAAGGUGGUGAUUUGUGAAGGGCUGUACCUACUACACGACAAGGAUGGCUGGGAGGAAAUUGCAUCUCUAUUUGAUUUGAAAAUAGUCAUCGAAUCAGAUGUGGACAGCUGUGUUGAGCGGCUCAAAAUACGCAAUCUUUGCAUUCCCGGUUACACUCCAGAAGAAAUCGCAAAGCGCUGUGAAGAGGUGGACCGAGUCAACGCCAUGACGGUCAUGGCGUCCAAGCACUGUGCCGAUAUUGUUGUCCAAUCAAGGAGCAAAGUUAUCCAAACCAACAUCGACAAAAACGAAGCUACUUCCUCCCAGGGACUGGCACUGGCAAUGUUGGCACAAAAGGAUACCGAUGAAGUCGAUACCAACCAUGAGCAUGCCGACUGGACCAUGGACAUCAACACGCAUCAACGUUCUCCAAUGGUCAGCAGAUGCAACUCCCCCGUUCCGGGCACUUCAACAACAUCGACAAAUCCAAAACCCACACCAGCAUCGCAGUUUGUGGGCUCUUGGGAGCCUGAAAUCGCCGAUCGAAUCUGCGGCGUUGUUGACAAAGGCAGCGAUCCAACCGACGGAGGUGCAUUCAAAUUGCCUUAUAUGGUUGCACUUGUUGGAAUUCCUGGAGGUGGCAAGUCUGUGUCUGCCAUGCUCCUGGCAAGCAUCUUGGAAGACCGGGGGUUUCCAACCAUGAUCUGCCCACAUGACGGAUACCAUUAUCCAUUGGAGUACUUGCGGACAUUUCCUGAUGCAGAAGAUGCCAUCUAUCGCCGUGGUGCUCCUGAUACCUUUGAUCCUCGAGCUCUACUGCGUGAUUUGGUCAGAAUCAGGGACGGAGAUGAAGAACUCAUCAAGCUUCCAGCUUUUGACCAUGCCACUGGUGAUCCAGAACCGGACACCCACAUCUUCGAUAGAAAUCAACACAAAAUUGUGCUCUGUGAGGGUCUCUACCUACUACAUGACAAGGAUGGCUGGGAGGAAAUUGCCUCCAUGUUCAAUUUCUCCAUUUUCAUGAAUGCAGAUGUGGAUGUCUGUGUGGAACGAGUGAAGAUCCGUAACCAAUGCAUCCCAGGUUACACACCAGAGGAGAUUGAAGAACGAUGCGAACGAGUGGAUCGUAAGAAUGCGUUGACAGUUUUGCAGUCGAAGGCACACGCAGAUAUCGUCGUAGACUCGAUGGCCUUGAAGCGAUAA